CAAAUCGAAGUACCUCCUCAGUGCGCGCGCAGUGGCACUUUUCAAAUAAUGGUAACCAGUGCUACGUGAAAUGAAUGUUCUAUUUUUUGCAUUUUAAAUUUCAGCAAUGUUAUGUUAUUCGUUAUCUUAAUUGGAUUGUAAACCAAAUAAGAUUGCCAUUUACGCAACUAAUAAAUCAGAGCAAACGUAGUUUUAUUAACCAAUCAAAGUCGCUCGUUAUGUCAACUAAUGAGGACAGCGAUGGUAUGUACCAAUCACCGACAAAAAAAGAAAGUUCCGUGCAUUCGCGUGUCGGGUACUCAAGCACACCCAAUGUAUCAGAUUACACCGAUGCUUCUCCUUAUCCGUCAAAGAAACGAUCAAAGCAUUUGAAGCGUGAUAGUAAAUCGAGACAUGCUGAAUCCUUCAACGGGUCAAGUGAUACUUCGUUACUGCUCGGUUACAACAGUUCCCCCGCCACGACGCCACAAGGGCGUGACAACAAAGCUGGCUGGUAUGACAUCCACAACAAACACCACUCCUUAGCGAGCACCUCACGGACAACGUUAGUUUUAUGCGGUGACUCGAUUAUCGCAGGUUUAUCUCGCUAUCCCAAAAUAUGGAGUCAAUAUUUUAAACCGUUUAGGGCGUUGAAUUUCGGUAUUGGUGGUGAUAGGACGCAACAUGUUUUGUGGCGAGCGGAAAAUCUUGAUUUACCCGAGACAGCGCAAAUUGUUGUGCUGCAUUGUGGAACCAAUAAUAUUGACCGCGACCGUCCGCAUGAUAUUGCGAAUGGUGUUGCUUCAGUUGGUCUCGCGUUCCAAGAAAAACGCCCCGGUGUAAAAAUAAUAGUGACCGGAUUGUUACCGCGCGACGCUGACUGGACGUAUAGGCGAGACAAAAUAAUCAAGACAAAUAAAUAUAUGAAGUUGUUAUGUAAAGAUAAACUGAAAGAUUUUUAUUUCAUGAAACAGGACGAUGACUGGACGUUAAAGGAUGGGAAGUUGAACGAAAAACUAUUCUAUACUGAUUGCUUACAUUUAAUAGAGACUGGGAACGACAAAUUUGCGAAGUCAAUUGUUUCUAUGGUAUACAAAGUAAGGGAGAAUACCCAUAUUGAGUAUUCGUCCGAAGAGUCAGAUGAUGAGAACGACACGUCCUUUGAGUUCGAACGAAAAUAUUCGGAAAAACGACGGCAUAAACGACGAAGAAGUUCAUCUCCCGAUUACGACCGCCAUUCUGAUAAUCGUAAAAAAAGUCGGUUCAGCGGCCCUGAUUCUAGUCCGAGGAAAUCGUACCAUCGUUCGCCGUUUAAAUGGGAAAAGGACGAAAAAAGAACAGUCAACGAAUCUACGCCGAAUAAAUGGAGUACUGCACGAAAAUGGAGCAAGGUUAUUAAAGAAGAGCACCACGAUAAAUAUUCUCGUCUUAGCGAGCAUUCUCGGCACCACUCUCGAUAUACGUAUCGGAAAGAAAGGGAAGCUUUGCCGAAAUCCGAGGAUGAAGCGUCUAGUGGAGAGACCGAAGAAAAAGUACCCGAUGGAACAGCAAGGUCUAUAGACAUAUCUCUCGACGACCGAAAACGAUUAGAAGCGCGUCGGGCGAAAUUCGGUAUCGUUUCGCAAGACAGCAAGAAAAGCUUGAGCAAACUGAGUUCUGAAACAAAAAGUGAGUUGCUCACUCAUUCAACAGCUGCACCAAGUGCUUUGGUCGCAAGGAUUCGAAAAUCAGUUGAACAAGCGAGACGUGAAAUAGCUGUAAAGAAAAAACGCAAACCUAGUCUUGUAACAUAUUCAUCCCCAUCAUCUCAAGAUGACUCACAAGAAGAGAGUCUUGAAUAUAAGGGAGAUAAAAAGAAGUUUUUUUCUGACUACGGCGCGGGCAGUGAUUCAGAGUAAACCCACAAUAUUUAUGUUAGAAACCUUUUUUAUCAAGCAUUAAGCCAUACCUUGGCAGCGCAAGGGAAUGGUCGAGACAAUAGCUUUUCAGUAGGAUUUCAUUUUUUACUAUUUUAUCUUAAAAAGUACCCCAGAUGAUCGAAUUGGCAUGAUGGUGUAUGUGUUGAGGGGACGGAACGGGGGGGGG